GAGAAACCUGCCUUUUCAAAUCAUACAACAAUGACUUCAAUGGGAGGCCUCGCAGGGAUUUGGAUCCUCGCACUGCUGACUUUUCAUGGUGCAGAUGUGGGAGGUAAUUUCUUCUCAGUACUCACAGCAUUGACUCUCAGUGUUCUUGAAAACCUGAAGGUGUUAACUUCUGUGAUUCUUGAUCUCCUGUCUCCACAGAGUCUGUAAGAAACUCCCUCAAUGAGCCUGACGUCCCCUUCCCUCCAGCCUAUCCCACCCCUCUGAACCUCGGUGCUAUAUGCCACUUUGGUCAGGGCCGACCCAGGUACCCUGACAACUUCUUCUCAGGCUCUGGAUCCAGCCACUUCCGCCGCCGUGGAGAUGCCAUCAACCGUCUGGAGUCGUGGUACAGUUUGUGCUGCAGUGGACAGGUCGCCCAGGACAACAACCAGAUCCUUUGCUGCACCCGACAAGCUGUGAGUGUUACAUUCAGUGACUCCUUUGUUGUGGUUUUUCUAGAUAGAUGCACUUUUCAUCUUUAAAGUGUAAUUAAAUACGUCUGAAUAUUCACUGGGUGCAAUCAUAAAGUAAUUUUUAACCAAAGAUACACAAAAUAGCUGAACUGUGUGUGUAAUACUCUCUAAAAAUGGGCUUUGUUGAUGUUUUUACUGCAACACAAAGCACUACGAAACACAGAGCUACCAGUAUUUAAUCAUUUAAUGCACAAAACUUUGGCUUUUGAUUUUUCCUCUGGGUCCUCAGCAUAGAGAUCAUUUUAGUUUAUCUUCUUCUCCCUCGUAUGACUGUUUCUCUCUUCCUACAGUGGAAACAGGCCCUGUCUCGGUUCUGUGUGGACGAAUACUCCACCAUGACUCUCCCCUAUGAGUGCUGUGAGGACAGAGGAGACGCACGCUGGGCCUGCUUUGACAGCGAGCUCCCAAACCCAGGCUACAACCCAUUACCAGGAUACACUGCACCUGCAGUCCCUUUGCAGCCAGGAUUCACCUUCAACGCUCAUGCUUGCUAAAGGUGUAAAAAUAAAUCCAAUUUAAGUAUGUCCAAUAUAAAACAAAAACUACAUAAACAGUACAGCUGUGUGAAAGACAUAAAACUUCUGCAAAUACAUACUAUUAAUAUAUUCACAUUUAAACAUUAGAGUUAAAUCAAGCGUCUCUGCACCUUGCAGAUAGCAGAGGCUCAGAAGAGAUUAUCAGUGCUACAAAUAAUGAAAAAAGCUAAAUUUGUAAUAGUUUUUAAUAUUUCAUUUUUUUUAAUGCAAUAUUUUUUAAUCACAAUAUGUCAUGGCAUGAAGAAAUGCUAUUCUUAUUUGAAAAUGUAAACUGUCUUAACUCAAGUUGAUUUUAUGUCACUGUUUCUGGUUUACUGAUGAAAUCUAUUUUAAGAAGCAAUGAAUAAGUUUUUAAAAUUUUACACAAUGCUCUUUUUCUUUAUUCUUUCCUUAUUUUUUUAAGAAUAUCAAGUUUACAGUAAUUAUAUUGGAUUGUCAUAUACAAUGGAGGAAAACUGCUCAGGUUUAAACCAAAUACCUUAUAAACAAGUUCAGAUCUUUCAUCCAAGAAAUUAAAAAUCAAUCAUUGUAAUAAUAUAUUUGUCCAACAGAGGUCAGUGUUGGCCAUUACAGUCGCUGGAGUAAGCUGGGAGAAAACUGAAGAGUGUUCAGUAGGAAGUAAAAGUUACAAACAUUACUUUUUCCCGUUUUCACUGUUUUGUUGUUGUAGUCUGUGUUAUUUGUAUGAGUGAAUUAACUUUGUGCUCCAGAACUCAGAGAUUAUAAAAGAAGUAAAAUUAGAAAUCGCAAAAGGUCCUCCUAAGAUCCUGCUCGGCUUCAAAAUAAAAGGAUAUGACGUUGAACCACAUGAAAUAUCCAUGCAUCAGUCUUUUUUUUAUUUUCUAAUCAUACUCGAUGUCUUCCGUGAACAGUUUUGUUAAUAACUUCUCUGUGUUGAAAACCUGCAGAGAAUAAGAAGGCUGCACACGGAGGUUAGGAAGUGCUUUGGUGCUGCCUAAAUAUAUAAAUAUGUGCUUAUAUUAUUAUUAUUAUUAUUAUUAUUAUUAUUAUUAUUAUUAUUAUUAUUAUUAUUAUUAUUAUUAUUAUUAUUAUUAUUAUUAUUAUUUAAACAUUUUUUGUUUGGUUCAAUAAGAUUUACUUUUAUUUUGAAAAACACCACUUGUUUUAUUUUAUUCACUCAUUUGUUAUUUACUUUUUACUCACCUAUCAUUACCUUUUAUUUCAUUUUAAUCCAUUCAUCUAUCAACAGUUUUAUUUCUAACAUAAAAUUUUGAUCAAGUACCAACGUUGUUAAAUUGUUACUUUUUCCACUGUGAUUUCUAUAUUUCUUAAAGAACAAUAUUACAUUACAUUAAAACAUGAC